UACCGAUGAAACAUCGACCGCUCAAUAUUGCAAAAUAAACAAUUCGUCUAUUAAAAAUCGAUAAAAUGUCAUCUCGAUGAAUCCUCGAACGAGAUUACGUAGUUAAAUAUUCGAAUUUGAUCAAAUCAGUUUAGCGAGUAUUGCGAGAAAAGUUGUACGCGAUCUUGUGCCGAUAAUUGUGGUCUUGAAAUGAUAUAUUUGUAAAGACGUAGAGAGAAAUAAUAGAAGAAAGUAGAUAAUAAUUUGUUGUAAAAGGAAAGAAAGUCAUGCAACAAAGAUUAGAUUAUCGGAUAAAAAUCGGAAAUAUUCGAGUUAAAAGAAAAAACUGUGGAUUGUAAAGUCUUCAUUAAAAGGAGGGAGGGGAGAUAAGGUGAGGGGCGGGUAGAGGCGUAUUUGGAAGGCAGAAAAUCCAAGGCUGGUAGAAAGAUACAUAUAGAGAUAUCUACCUUCCGCCAGGACCUCUUCGACGGUUACAGUGUAUCGUCCAACUACGAACACCUUUCCUAAAUAACUGUUGGGUUCCUUCGACGUGUUUUCGAUCUUCGAAAAGAGCUUCUUCAUAUUGGCACACGUCGUUGGCCCUCCCAACACCUAGCUGACUUGACAUAAGGCCUCGCGCUACUUUUUCACUUUUACCGCCGUACGAUAUGCCGAUCCUCGAACAGAUCUUCUCUCACUCUUCGCGUUCAAAUCCUGCUCCUUUUGACUUAUCUUUUCCACGAUUAUAAGCUCUAUUAAACCAUCGAAAACCUUUUAUCUCGCACGAUAAACUUAACCAAGCGAAAUCGUCUUGAUCAUGAUAACAGGCUAACGUAUUUUCAGCUAGCCGACAUAUUCAGGCUAUACGCACUGCGUCUGCGCUUUCUCGUAGAUACCAUCUCGGAGGAAACAUAUGUGCACAACUUCCGGUCAAACGUCAAAACGCGGAUUGUCGCGCGCUGAAAACGUAUUCGUUUUUUUUCUCUUCCUCGAACAAUCGUUUCUCCUUUUCGCACAUUUCUUCUCUUUACCUCCAUAACUUUAUAUGUUCCUUUGAAAUGUAUUGACAAGGUGAAUUAUUCGACGAUCUUCGGCAAUGAGUGACUCGGAAGACAGUAAUAUUGUGGGUGAAAUAAAAGAUUUAGAAAAUGUAUUGGCAACAAUACCGGCGAAUCUUAAAUCUCCAGAAAAAUCAUCGAUCGAAACAUUCCAUGAAUUUUCUCAAAUUGAUGGGAGUUUUGAAGAGUCGAAAACCCCCGAAGAUUUAACGAUUGAUAAACUUAAAGCCGCUUUGGAUUUAAACAAACAAAUGAUCGAGAAAUUAAUGAAUACGAAGAAUGAGGUGAGCGCGAUUUUAGAGGAUUGUGAAGAACAGUUGCAAAUGAUAGAUGAAAAAAUGAAAAAGUAUGUUAAACAUUGGACGAACAAUUCGAAAAGUAACAUCUCCGCAGCUGGCAUGCCUUAUUUUAAAGAUAAGAAUUGUUUUGCUGCUCCCAAAAAUCACGACACAAAGCUUAAAGCAGCUCGUGGAGAAUUGCAAAUAGCAAAUUUCCAAAAAGCUUGUAUAUGGACGAUUAAAGAUAGAAAAGUUGUAUUAAACACAGUCUACGAAGAAGUUAUGGUAUCUAUAUUAGAAAACUCACAAAACGAAGGAAUGCAAGAGUCAAAAGUAAACAAUAUUAUUUCAUCUGAAGAUACAUUUAAAAGAAUGUUAAAAGCAAGGAACGUAGAUGAGAUUAUUGGCCCUCUCGGGGAAAAGAAAUUUGACUGGCUUAAAAUUGCAGCCAUGAAUGUUGAUGGCAGACAUUCUGCAGAUGAGUGUUCAGUUAUGUGGAACAUUCUUUUACAUCCUGACAUUAAUAAAAGCAAAUGGACACGUACAGAAGAAUCAAGAUUAAAGAAAAUUGCAAAACUCUAUAGGUACGAAGAUUGGGAUAAUAUAGCAAAAAAAUUGAAUACUAAACGUAGUGGAUAUCAAUGUUUUGUUAAAUAUACUUCUAUGGGAAAUCUAUUGAAGCUAACAGAGCGAACAUGGACAAUGAAAGAAGAUGAAAGAUUAUGUGAUAUUGUUGCAAAAUGUAGAAUAGGCAAUUUUGUACCUUGGGCUGAAGUGAUGAGUUAUAUGAAUUUUAGACCUAAGCAACAACUCUAUUUUCGAUGGAUGUUUAAAUUAGCACCACAUUUGAAGAAAGGACGAUUUACUAAAGCAGAAUCUGAAACUUUAUUGCAAGGUGUUCACAAAUUCGGUACUAAUUUUUCUCUAAUAGCUGCACAAUUAAUGCCUGAUAGAACUUCGAUACAAUUAAAUGAUCAUUAUCAAACGUUAACGUCAAAAGGCUCCACUCAUCAUUGGACGCUUCAAGCCGAUAUGAAACUUAUUGAUUUAUAUAAGAAAAUAGGUCCAGACUGGUCAAAAAUAGCAAAAAAUUUUAAAUAUAAAAAUAGAACACAACUGAGACAUCGAUAUACUGCUUUAUAUAAAUAUGCAUCAAAAGGUUUAUCAAUAUUUGAAAUUCCUAGAACUAAAAAUGAAAACUUGUCAAAAAUGGAGGAUGCCGAGUUUAGCGACAAAGAAUAUUGUGUUGAUGUUAUAGAGAAUGAUAUUGAUGAUAAACUAGAUGAAUUAUUAAUAGAACAUUUUCAGAAUUUAAGUACUAUUAAAUCUUCUCAUAAUGAAAACUUUUAUUAUGAUUCUCAAAAGCUUUGUAGAGAUACAAAAGAAUUAUAUUCUAUCUUAGAAAGUUUACAAGCGGAUCUCCAUAUUCCAGAUAAUUUUGAUUACCUUCCAUUAAUAGAGAUAGAUAAACAAUUGUUGUAUUCCUUGAAAACAUACAUUAAGUCUAAGUUUGAAAAACAAAAUUCUAACAAAGAAGUAGAAGCUUUCAAAUUAAAAAUGUUUGGUUUGCAGAACAAUGAAGAGCAAAAAGAUCAUUUUAUACCACCGCUUCCUUUUGGAGCUUAUGCAGAUAUUAAAAAUCAUAAACAAACGAAAAGUAUAGAUUAUGUUUUUGAUACUAAUAAAAAAUUUGUGGUUGAUGUAAAUAUGGAAUUUAACACACCUGAAUCGAUAAUUCAUUUUAUAGGUGGUUUAGAAGAACAUAUACAAUUCAAUAAAAUUUCUACUUUAUAUUGUAAUAAGAAGGAUAAAUGUGAACAGCAGAGGAUUAUACAGUCUAUUAGUAAUAUACAUAAAAAAUUUAAUGUUCAUAAAAAUAAUGAUUUCCCUAAUAGUACAGAAAGAGAUAAAUCUUGUAGCUUAAAUGUAAAUAAUCAAUUAAACUUCACACAACCAAAGAAUUAUAUUAACAAAAAUAAUUAUUUAGUGUAUAAAGUAAAAACAACAGUUUAUGAAUCUUUUGGUGAAUCUUCUCUUUGGGUAUCACCUAUGGACCAUAAAAAAGAAGUAGUUAAUGUAUUAGGCGUAGCAAUUAAACCGAAUUAUAUAACUUUAUCAACUUAUAGGAAUUUAAUUACAUUAAAGAAUAUAUAUGAUAUUGAAAAUAUAUCUAAUAACGUUCAGUCGAAUUAUAAAGAUAUCGAAAAAGCAUACAAAUCAGAAAAAGCAUAUGAACUAUUAAAAAGACGACUUAUACAAUUAUUUAAAUAUCCCAUAUGUAUGUCUUAUUUAUCAUUAGAAGAAAUGAAUAAUACAACAGGAUCAUCUUUAGAAGAAUCUAAAAAUGUAGUAUGUAAUAAAAGAAAAGCAGUACAAAAAAAUAGAUUUAGAGCAAAAAAAGUAAAAGAAAAACCUUCAGAAAAAUUUAUUUGUGAUACAAAUAUGCCAAGCAUUACUUGAAAGAUUUGUAAGCUUUUAAGUUUACAAUACAAAAUCAUGGUUUUAUCAAAUGAUUUUAACUUAUAAUAACGGAGUAAUUUCUAUUUUAAUUGAAUAUUAGGAAAAAUUAUUUAAUCGUCCAGAUAUAUUUUUGUGUAUGAAUAUAACGAGUUUCCUAUAUUCUUGAUAUCAUAAAAAGUAAAAUAAAUUUUCCAAUUUAUAUUCCUAAAUGUGAUUAUGUGUCUAUUCUAAAUGGCUAGAUUUAUGUAUUGUCUUUUUAUUUGUACCAAAAAUGAAGUUAUUUACAAUAAGCACUUAAAAUAAUUUCAGUUCUAAAAUAGUGGAUAUAUUAAAAACUAAAAAACUGCAAGAAUAUUUAAAAUGGUAUUACCCAUUAAUGUGAAUUAAAUCGAUCGUGCCUAUUGCGAAAAAAUAAAGUCAAGUCCUUCGAUCAUAUAGAAAUAAUGGUUUUGAUGUAGAUCUAUAAAUAUAUGUACACCUUAUAUUAAAAAAGUUAUAUUGUAUAUAAAUUUUUCAAUUGAAUGAACUAUAUACUUAAAUCUAUAUACAUUUUAUAAACAAAAUUCAUUUGAGAAAAUAAAAAUACUAUAAUAUGUAAUAAUUUAUUUAGUAUAAAUUAGAUAAACUAGUUAACUAAAUACAACAGAUAUAACCAAAUAAUGCAUACAUACAAUAUAAACAAAUUUUAAUCAUAUUAAUGACUUCUAAAAGUAAAAUAAUUAUAGAAACCCAUUUCAUAAAUCAGAAAUAUAUUGCAUAGUAGAAUAAUAUGAUUGCUUUACUUUGUGCAUACUAAACAAACACAAAAACUUAUCAAAAACUAUAUACAUUAAUAUUUUGAGUAUGAAUUCAUUUUUAUAAUUAUUAUUUUAUGUAAUGACAAUAUUUUAAUAAUUAUUGUGAUAGCUUAUGAAAAGUUAUAUAAUUAUUUUUUCUUUUAAAUUAAAUUAUUUUGAAUAGUAUUUAAAUCAUAAGAGCAUUAUUCCCCAGCCUGCUGUAUGAACUCCCCACAAAAAUAAACUUGCUUCAACCUUAGAAACUAAACCUCUAAUAGCAUCUAAUAUUGAUUUAAGUCUUCCAUUGGUAAUUUUUAAAGUUGGUUUUUCUUGAAUAAGUUUCUUUUUUGACAAAUAUUCUAUUAAAGGUACAUGAUCUCUAGCAAAUAUUGGCAUAUACUCCUCCACUUUUUCUCUAGUCCACCAAGCUUGCGUGUUGCUUUGUCUGUAAUUAAAAAAUAACGAUUUCUAAUAGUUGUAAAAAUUCAUAACAUAAAAAAUUAUCUUCUCAAUUCCGUUUUGUAUACAAUUUAUACAUUGUAAAAGUACAUACGUAUCAUUCCAUGGCACGUAAUAAUAAUGAUAAAGACUUGCUUUUAUGUACUUUGGCGGCUUAGUAUUAAAUGGAUUUUCCACAGUAUUUAUUAAAGCCAAUGCUUCGGGCUGUCCAUUUAAAAGACGAAAUGCUAAUGACAUUAACCAAGGAUUUUGAUGAUAUGUACUUGAAGCAGCAAAACACAUUUGCCAAUCAAGACGAGGUUGAUGCGGAGCUAUAAGUAGAAUAUAAUAAAAAUAAAAUGAAAUAUAUUUUUCAAUUUUGAUCUAUCUAUUUUAAUCAAUUUUGAUUAUGUACAACUCAUUAAAUAAAAGUUUCUAAGACGUUUAAAUAGUUUAUAUAUAUAUGUAGUAUAAUAUCAAAUAUCAAAUAACUCACCUACAAAUGGUAAUACAUUAUUUACAUUUCCUGGUUUGUAUAGGAAUUCAUAUUCUUUCCAAGACCCAUCAAUAGUAUUACUGCCUUCAAUAAUUAUUUCUGGCCUUCCAGCAAUACCUUUCAUAGGUCUGUAUGAUCCAUAACUGUUAACAAGAUGGAGAUGUUCAACAUUUGUGUAAAGCUUUUGAAUCUGAGAUGGUAUUGAUAAGUUGUAAUGUGGAUUCAAUGUAACAUAUGGUACCUAAAUAAUAUACAUUUCUACAUUACUUUUAUGACAAUUCGAAAUAGUAAUAUAUGCAUUAGGUACAUAUUAUUUUUACUUACAAUACUAAGAGUAAAAAUUAAACAUACAGCAGCAGUGUAUAAAAUUGUAACAAGAUUAACAAUUGCUUUACUCUGUGUUCCUUUAGUGAUAAUUACUAAGUCUUUCAUUGUAUUUAUUAUUAUGUUUCCAAGCGAUGCAAUACCAAUAUAAAUAGAAAUAGGAAUUAUAUAUGACAGAAAAUUAUUAAACUGCUUUUGAGUAAAUGCUAGAAAUAGAGAGUUAAAUAAUAAUACAAAAGAAAUAAUAUAAUAUAGUUUUAUGAAGUACUUAAUAUCUUAUGUACACAUAAAAAUAUAUUUACCAAUUUCAGCUUGAAUAGUCCAAUUAUUUGAGAUAUGUAUGUUGUAAUACACACACAUACCAUAUAAUAUACUUGUAUAUAUCAUGAUGCACAAAAGUACAGAUCUUUUGUCAAGGACAUUAUUAUUUUUAUGUUUUCUACCAUUAAAAAUACGAUCGUCCAGUAAAGAGAUACAUAAACAUAUUAUCAAAAAAUUGUAAAAGUUAUAAUUUCCUGUUACAAUAAUGAAAACUUGUAGUAAUACCUACAAUUAU